AUGGCCACGGCUGUUGUUGGGAAGAAAAAGGGAGGUGCAACUGUCGAUCUCAAACAGCUACAGGAACCUGACUUUUGGAAGACGCGUAAUGCCAUAUUUGACGAAUUGUAUGCCGCCCAGCAGGAGAAAUAUAAAUCCAUGCAGAGCCCCAUUUCCAUCACCCUCAAUGAUGGAAAGCAGCUCCCUGCCACGAGCUGGCUCACAACGCCUAUUGACAUUGCGAAGAAGUUGUCCAAUUCGCUCGCGGAAAGGGUUGUUGCUGCGCGUGUAAAUGAAGAAAUUUGGGACCUUACUCGACCUUUUGAGGGCGAUGCCACACUUGAGCUGCUUGAUUGGGACGAUGCUGAUGCUCGCCACGUUUUUUGGCACAGUUCCUCCCACGUGCUUGGUUAUGCGCUGGAGCGAGUGUUCCAAACCCGCCUGUCCGUUGGCCCUGCACUUGAGGAGGGUGGUUUCUUCUAUGAGGGUGAGACGAACCGCCCGGUGACGGAAGCGGAUUACACCACGAUAGAGACAGCGAUGCAGGAGUUGGUCAAGAUGAAGGUUCCAUUUCAGCGCUUAACCGUAAAGAAGGAGGACGCCCUUCGACUCUUCCAGUACACAGAGUUUAAGAGCAAGAUACUCGCAAGUAAGGUUCCUGAGAAUGGCACUUGCACGGUGUAUCGCUGCGGGAACCUUAUUGACCCCUGCCGCGGUCCUCACCUCCCCGACACCGGGCGCGUGAAGUCAUUCUCCUUAACAAAGAACUCCUCUUCGUACUUUGAGGGGAAGGCGGAGAAUGCUGUGUUACAGCGUGUCUAUGGAAUUUCAUUCCCAAAGCAGACGAUGUUAACGGAGUGGAAAAAACUUCAAGAAGAGGCCGCCCGUCGCGACCACCGCACUAUUGGCCGGCAUCAACAGCUCUUCCAUUUCCAUGAGGCCUCUCCCGGUAACGCUUUCUGGCUCCCGCAUGGUGCACGCAUCUACAACACACUAAUUGAGUUCCAGCGCAAGCAAUAUCGCCGACGGGGCUUCGAGGAGGUAGUGUCUCCUAACAUGUUCUCAUCCAGGUUGUGGAUGGUCUCCGGUCACUGGGAUAAGUAUGCUGACAAUAUGUUCCUCAUCAAUGUUGAAAAGGAGGACCACGGAAUGAAGCCAAUGAACUGUCCUGGACACUGCCUCAUGUUUGCCAUGCAGCCCCACUCGUACAGGGAGCUUCCUAUUCGUUAUGCUGAUUUUGGGGUUCUGCAUCGAAAUGAGCUCAGCGGUGCUCUUACAGGGCUCACCCGAGUUCGUCGUUUUCAGCAGGAUGAUGCCCACAUUUUCUGUCGGAUGGAUCAGGUGAAGGAUGAGAUCCACAGCGCUCUCAUUUUUCUCAAGGAUGUUUAUGACGUCCUCGGCUUUAAGUUCUUUUUGAAGCACUCCACGCGGCCAGAAAACAAGCUCGGUUCAGAUGAGAUGUGGGAUGAGGCGGAGUCCUACUUGCAGGCAGCCCUCAACAGCUUCUGCGGGAUCCCCGACGAGCUUCCUGACCCAUUUAACAAGGGUUCCACCUUUGUAUACGAUGGCCGCAAGGAGAGCGUUAAAAAACUUCGGGCAAUGCUGAAGAAGCGUGGAGACAAGAAAAACGACGAGAACUCACCCGCAGAUGAUGUGUGGCCGGGCCCAACACAUGAGGAUGCAUGGGAGGAAAACACCGGUGACGGUGCUUUCUAUGGGCCAAAGAUUGACAUCGUUGUUGAAGAUGCUUUGCGCCGACGGCAUCAAUGUGCGACCAUCCAGCUUGACUUCAACUUACCGAAGCGGUUUGGUCUCAAGUACACUCUGCCGAGCAAUGCAGCGGGCGAUGAUGGCCCAGCGCCAAAGGCCACCGAGUGCCACAAAGAUCCGAACGCGGAAUUAAAAGCUGACAAACCGGAGGGGAAGGUGGAGGCUGCUGCGGGAGCACCGAAGUCGUCCUACGAGAAGGCUGCACACGAACUCAACAUUGACCAGCGUUUGGAUGCCAAUCAGGCUCGACCUGUGAUGAUUCACCGUGCCAUUUUCGGUUCUUUGGAGCGCUGCAUUGCGAUCCUCUGCGAGCACUACGGCGGUGACUGGCCCUUCUGGCUGAGCCCGCGGCAAGUUAUUGUCGUGCCUGUUUCGCUCGAGAACGCUGCGUACGCACAAACGGUGCGCGACACGUUUUUUGCUGCAGGCUUCUUUGCUGAUGUGGACAACGGCACUGCGACGUUGGAGAAGAAGAUUCGGAAUGCGGAACUGGCACGGUACAACUUCAUACUUGUUGUGGGACAAGCUGAGCAAGAGGGGCAGAGUGUCAAUGUGAGGACUCGUGACAAUCGCCGGCACGGCACGAAAACGUUGGAUGAGGCAUUACAAUGGUUGCGAGAAUUGGCCGAUAAAUAUGAUCCGUCCUUCUAA